AUGGAAUGUGUGAAGAAUCAGUUUGGCUUCAUUACCUAUGAAGUGGAAGACAGCAAGAAACUCUUUUUUCAUAUGAAGGAAGUUCAGGAUGGCAUUGAGCUACAGGCUAGAGAUGAGGUAGAAUUCUCAGUAAUUCUCAAUCAGCAUGCUGGCAAAUGCACUGCCUGCAACAUCUGGCAUGUCUGUGAAGGCCCCAAAGCUUUCGUCUUUCCACAUCCUGAAAGACUGGCCAUUCACUUGAAGAGCAUCACUCUAGAUCUACUAAAUGAGGCCAAUGCUCCUCACCUAGUGGUUCUCUGUCAGCCAAGGGGACCAGAUAAUUCAAUGGGAUUUGGUGCAGAAAGAAAAAUCUGUCAAGCUGUUGUCAUUGAUUAA